CGGGCGGCAGGCAGGACCGAGGCGGUGGCCGUCGCUCGGCCGUCAAGGCGCCUCCGUGCGGCACAGCCGCUGCCGCUGCCGGACGGCGCCGCGGAGUAGCAGCGGGACAUGCUUGCGCGCCUCCUUGGGCUGCGCCGCAGCCGCUGUAAGUCUCGCCGGCCGGCGGGAGACAGAGCGCGGCCGAGUAAUGCAAGCGCCGCUCCUGCUACAGAUCCUGCUCGGCGCGCUGCUCAGAUUGGUGUCAGGGAAAGAAGUCAAAUCUGCCCCACGGAGUGCCCCUGAACCACCCAUGUCUCCCUCUGAUUUCCUGGACAAGCUGAUGGGCCGGACGUCGGGGUACGAUGCCCGUAUCAGACCCAAUUUCAAAGGCCCGCCUGUCAAUGUGACAUGCAACAUCUUCAUCAACAGCUUUGGCUCAGUCACAGAAACGACCAUGGAUUACCGCGUCAAUGUCUUCCUGCGGCAACAGUGGAACGACCCACGCCUGGCCUACCGGGAAUACCCCGAUGACUCUCUGGACCUCGACCCCUCUAUGCUUGACUCCAUCUGGAAGCCAGAUUUGUUCUUCGCCAACGAGAAGGGAGCCAACUUCCAUGAGGUCACCACAGACAACAAGCUUCUGCGCAUCUUCAAGAAUGGGAAUGUGCUCUACAGCAUCAGGCUGACACUAAUCCUCUCCUGCCCCAUGGAUCUCAAGAACUUCCCUAUGGACAUCCAGACGUGCACGAUGCAGCUUGAGAGCUUUGGCUACACCAUGAACGAUUUGACCUUUGAGUGGGUGAAGGAGCAGGAAGCUGUCCAAGUGGCUGAUGGCUUGACACUCCCUCAGUUUAUUCUGCGGGACGAGGAGGACCUGGGCUAUUGCACAAAGUCUUAUAAUACAGGGAAGUUCACCUGCAUUGAGGUGAAGUUUCACCUGGAGCGGCAGAUGGGCUACUACCUGAUCCAGAUGUACAUCCCCAGCCUGCUCAUAGUCAUCCUCUCCUGGGUCUCCUUCUGGAUUCACAUGGACGCUGCUCCUGCCCGGGUGGGCCUUGGCAUUACCACGGUGCUGACUAUGACCACCCAAAGUGCGGGCUCUCGGGCGUCUCUGCCAAAGGUCUCCUACGUCAAGGCCAUUGACAUCUGGAUGGCUGUCUGCCUCCUCUUUGUCUUUGCCGCCUUGCUGGAAUAUGCCACAGUCAAUUUCAUCUCGCGCCAGCACAAGGAGUUCAUGCGGCUGCGCCGAAGGCGGUGGCGGCAGCGGAUGAAGGAGGAGGAGGUCCGCGAGAGCCGCUUCUACUUCCGGGGCUAUGGCCUUGGCCACUGUUUGCAGCACACGACGGAUGACGGAGCCAUGGAGAGCCCCAACAGCUGCAGCCCGCCCCCUCCCACCCUGCUCCUGAGGGAGGGAGAGAUGCUCCAGAGGCGCUACCUGGACAGGGCCAAGCGGAUCGACACCAUCUCCCGCGCUGUCUUCCCCUUCACCUUCCUGGUCUUCAAUAUCUGCUACUGGGUGGUCUACAAAGUCCUUCGCUUGGAGGAUGUCCACCAAGCCACACCCUGAAGCCCCAUCAGGACUUGGAGACCAAGCCAAGCCGGCCCCACGGGCUGUGUUCUUGCUGUGUUGGGACUCUGAUCUCUUCCCCAAGGACAGCCCUUUGUGUCUUCCUGGACGUCCACUUUCCCGUGCCAGCUGAGAAACUUGGCAAGCUGUGCGUGGCAUUAGAGCUUGUUCCUCCACUGCCAUCUGAGCGUGGCAUUUAAGGAUGGGAUUCAGGGGGGACGUGUUCCGCAAAGUGCAGCAGCUCCUGUCCCAGGGACGUUGAGGCACCACCAGACUGCUGGAGGCACCAGCAUUUCUGCUCUAGGCCUGUGUCCUUCUUCUUCUACCCCAGCAAAGAGUUGGGAGAUUCAGUGAGACCCGGUUUUCCAGCUGUGUAGCGUAGUGCACCUGUGUUGCCGCUGCCACCCCUCUCUGGCCCCGCAAUACUUAAUCAGCGUGGUCAAACAGAGAGCAUUCUGCCAGUACAGGUAGGACACUUUUCAGCCACCCAGCAUGGACCAUUCAGCCAUCCUGCAUUAGUAGCAUAGAUGUGCAUCCUAUGUGAUCUCACCAGUGUAGGUGGGUCUGUUGGGGCAAAUGGGACACUGCCUCACCCACCUCAGGCAGCCCUCACCUGCCUGCCUUCUUCCUUACAUUCAGUCCCAGGGACGGCCCUGCCUACAAGCGUCCUCUUCCUCCUCACCCUCAGCGUUGCCCUUGUAGAACUCAGCAGGGAGGAGGAGGGGACAAAACUAGGAUUAAGCUGUGGGCACACUAGUCACUUCAAAAGCAGCGAGAAUGGUUUUCCUGGCUGUGUUUUGAUGCCACACUGCCCUCAGCUGACUUCAGGCCUUUCAGGACCACCCACACUAAAAUUGGGCCAAUCACUGUCUCUGCCUGAGCCUACGGCAAAGCAUUUCCAUUGGCCACACCUGGAGGGGCAACAGGUUGAUCCACCAAUCAGUCGUGAAAAGAGCCUGAAGCUGAAUUUUAAAUAAAAUACACUCAAGCUGAUCUGACCAGGUUUUAGAGUAAAAGGGGGCAGGAUUUGACUCAUGUAGUGUGCCCCCAUUUUCAGAAAUGAGAGGUGGAGAUGCACUGGAACCGGCACAACAGAAAAUGUACCCUCAGCGGGCUCGGCCUGUCAUUGACUCCGUCUGCACCUCCCUUCCAGCCUGCCUGCCCCAAUGGGCACCAGCUGCCACUGGAUCUUGCUUCCUGAAAUCUCUCUGACCAUAAGAACAUAAGAACAUAAGAAGAGCCUACUGGAUCAGGCCAGUGGCCCAUCUAGUCCAGCAUCCUGUUCUCACAGUGGCCAACCAGGUGCCUGGGGGAAGCCCGCAAGCA